AUGCUCGUUAAUAACCGCUUGAAAGAAAUACGACGCAUUGUAGAGGCCUUCAACAGCGAAGGGGUUGAAGUGCAUUUCAAAUUCGUACCGACAAAUCAAAAUCCAGCUGAUGCUGGUACUCGUGGUCUCACAAAAACGCAGUUGGACCAUGCUUUCUGGUGGGAAGGUCCCAACUUCUUAUGCGACCCUAUAGGCACGUGGUCCGCUCCUUCUUAUGCACUUAACAUGGACAACACGCAAGAGCACGGCCGGGCGUCAGUACUCAUAAACGCGGUAGGAUUAGAGAAAAUGCAAGAGACGGUGAAGCAAGUAAUUGACCUGUCUCGCUUCAGUUCAUUGACCAAAGCAAGAGUCAUGACGCUUGUGAUGGUGUUUGUUAAAAAAUUAGUGGAACGCUUAUCCCAGGCACGGAAAGAAGCAAUACAGGGAAACAUUCCGGAACUUAGGCACACCCCCAUCUACCCUCAGGCUAUAGGAGGUUACGCCUUGGCUGCGUCUCGAAGAGCCAUUAUACGCAUAUACGCAACCAACAGGUCCUCCACCUCACGGACGACUACCGGAAAUCCAUAG